AUGCGUGUAAAUAGCUUCAUUGGCAUGGCAGCAAACCUCUUGCUUGCUAUGCCAUCAGCGGCUCGCAUCAACCGAGUUCACCUCAACGGACUACCACCGCCUCCGCCCAAAGAUGACGACUUGACCAAGAGAUCCCGUCGCCCAACCCACGAAGGCACUUUCCAGCAACUCAUAGACCACAGCAACCCCGAGCUCGGCAGGUUCUCCCAACGCUAUUGGUACAACGCGGAUGACUAUGCCGGGCCUGGCUCCCCGAUAAUACUGAACGCGCCCGCUGAAGACGAGGGCGACGCCUUCUAUGCUACCAAAGAAUCCCUCGCGGGAAGAUUUGCUCAAACCAAUGGCGGUGCCGUCAUUGUCCUCGAGCACCGGUACUGGGGCAAGAGUUCUCCUUUCGACAACCUGACCACCACCAACCUUCAGUACCUCAACCUCGACAACGCCAUCCAAGACCUCAUCUACUUUGCUCACAACGUCGAGCUGCCGUUCGACCUCCAAGGGACAUCAAAGCCAACCAAGGCACCGUGGGUGCUGACCGGCUGCUCGUACUCUGGUGCCCUCGCGGCGUGGACGCACCACCAGGCCCCGGGCACAUUCUGGGCAUAUCACUGCUCAAGCGCCGUCGUCGAAGCCAUUCCCGGCUUUUGGCAGUACAACCAGCCCAUCAAGGAGGCCAUGCCCAAAAAUUGCAGCACGGAUAUGCAAAGGGUCAUGAGACACAUCGACGGCAUCCUAUCUGACGGCACAGAGGACCAGAAGCAUGCGCUGAAGAAGAAAUUCGGCCUGGAAUCUCUCACCCACGACGACGACUUUGGCCAGGCUCUCAUCGGCGGUCUCCAAAAAUGGCAACACACCGUGUUCUUCAAGACGAAGAAACCGAACCCCCUGUACCAGUUGUGCGACUACCUCGAGAACGUCUUCCCGGUGCAAAGUAGCCGCAUAAUUGGCGAUCGACCUGCCGUUCCAGGGCCGGAAGGUGUCGGUACUGGCAAAGCCCUCGAUGGCUUUGCCAAGUGGUCCAAAGACGUCUUUCUGCCCGGAGCAUGUGCGGAAUUCGGCUACUGGACAGACAACAACACGGUAGCGUGUAUGGACAUGAACAACAAGGACAACCCCAUGUACAAGGAUCUCUCUGUAAGCAACACGGUCAACAGACAGUGGUACUGGCUGCUGUGCAACGAGCCGUUCGAGUGGUGGCAGGUCUCGGGGCCCGACGACAUCACGGGCCUCGCAUCCAAGCACCUGGGCCUUGGCUACGGGCGCAUGCAGUGCAGGAACAUGUUCCCGCGGGAAGGCAACCACACGUACGGCCUUGCUCUCGGCCGAACCGUCAACGACAUGAACCAGAAGACGGGCGGCUGGAGCCGCGUCAACACCACGCGCCUGAUGUGGGUGAAUGGCGAGUACGAUCCGUGGAGGCCGGCCACGGUGUCGGCAGACGCUCGGCCGGGCGGCCCCUUGAGGUUCACGCCCGAGGCCCCCGUCUGGGUCCUUCCCAAGGGCGUGCACUGCAGCGACUUGCUUACCAGGAAUGCCGAUGCGAACCCGGCGCUUCGCAAAAUUGUCGACGACAUCUUGAUCACCAUGAAGAAGUGGGUGGGUGAAUACUACAAGUGA